AUGCUCACGAUGCCAGAGAGCUGGCUAUACAACUCAGUGUCGCUAUACAAAUCGCGAUCCUACUUGGAACAGCUCAUCCAAGAUAGCCAAGAACUUCAAGAUCAACGGACACUCCGGACUCAUGGACCGCCUGCUCCUUCAAGUUACCUCGAGCAAAGGAGGAACUUGAACGAUCAUUCGCGACAACCCGAGGAUGUUAGCUCCAUUAUUCACGAUAACGCAGUUGGAGAGACUCCAUGGUUCCAAAGCCUCGGUAGCUCGGCUCUACCAUUAUACAUCAGUGAAGCAGCUUGUACUGCUUUCGCCACUCGUCUUUGCCAGUGUCUGAGCACGACAGAUUCGCCAGAGUUUCACUUGCCUAGAUGGCGAUAUACUGACGAAAAUACUCUGGAAUCACUGUUCAAUAUUGAAGUGCAGUGGCCAAGUCUAGUGCAUGCCAAGCUACUAGUAAAAACUGCCCUUGGUCAUCUAAACCCUGCUUUCCACUUGGUUCUCAGGAAAGAAACAUUUGAUGGUCUUCACAACAUCUACCAGAGAAGAGACUUUGACGACCCUGGUCUUCAGUGCAAAUAUUUUGCUUUAUUCGCUGUUGGCCAGGCCUUCUCGUCAGUUUACGACACGACAACCUUGAACACGUCCUCCAUGCCGGGAUCUGCGUUCUUCGCUCGUGCAAUGAACCUAUUGCAGAUCAUCCCCGAAAGAUCCAGCAUGAAUCACAUUGAAAGCAUUCUCCUUCUUGCAUACUUUUGUCAAUUCCUCAACCGAUUCCACUCUGCGUACAUUUUGAUUGGCAAUGCUCUACGGCUCAGCCUCAGCCUCGGAUUGAAUUAUAAUGUUCCGCAAAGUCAGACAUUACACCAAGUGGAAAGAGAGCAUCGUGUUCGCAUAUGGUGGACAAUCUAUACGCUUGACCGAUUCUGGGGGUCAAAAGCAGGGUUCCCUGUCCAGAUCCAUGAUGACGAUGUCCACGUUGACCCACCUUCUAACUUGCUCUCUGGCGCUUAUCCUGAGCAUUUCUCAGAUAGUGUAUAUCAAGUGGCAACCGUAGAGCUUGCCAGAAUUAUAGGGAACACGACCAGAGAGAUAUAUAGCCGCAAGAAGUCAACCGAAAGCUUCCUCCAGCGUGAGCAGAAAUUGCUCAUCCAGCUGAAGCAAUGGGUACAGACGCUUCCAGAAAACCUCAGGCUCCAGGCAGAUAGGCCCAAUUCGAAGUAUGCAGUCUUUCUGCACGUUCAAUUCAGUUAUUGUGUGAUAUUGGCAAUUCGACCUGUCUUGCUUAAUCUACUCGUUUGUCAUACCAAAGAUAAUUCCUCCCCAGCAAAUGAGGAAAUUACUCCAAUUAUUGGAGUUUUGAGCGAAGCUUGCAUUCACGCUGCGCGUUAUUGUUUGAAGCUAUGCGUCGAAGAAUGGACAAGUGGAUCAGUGUUAUUAUUCGGCUACGCUUUUCCGGCCUUUCUGUUCUCUUCGGCAUUAGUACUCACCAUAUCAAGUCUUCUACCCUUGGGGGACCCCAACGAUAUUGCAUCGGUCGAUAUCGCAACUGAGAUUUUAAGAGUCCUGAGCGCAUCUAAUAGCCUAGCGGCUAAGGAUCUCUACGAGCACCUUCAGCGAGUUCGUCUUUGCUUGAGUCGUCGCGUAUCUGACCCCCCACUUCCUCCAACAAAUGAUGAAAAUAUGCCUUUCAUCACCGAUCCCUCAAUACGGCUGCCUCUUGAACACCAUUGUCCUUCACCCGUGUCCGGGGCCUCCAUGAACUACAGGCAGCUUCCUAUUGAAGAAGUUGCCAACCCUCUGAGUCCUUAUCUAACGACUGAAAUGACCUUACGAAACCCCUUAAUGCAGGACUUCCUUGCUCAAUCCAGUCUCAAUGUGGGCUCUUGGGACGCACCAGAGAUACCGAACGACUUUGACGCGGCCUUUUUUUGGUCAGGCACCAUGUGCACAGAAUAA